AUGGCCGUCCCGCUUGGACCCUUCGGAGGCGGGCGCUUGGCGCCCGGGAGGCCCAUCCCGGCCGGUGGCUGCCAACGAAAUGCAUCAUCAUCCCACCCGCUGGUGACCAGCCCGAGCCGCACCGCACCGUGCUUCCCCCUCUUCGCAACGUCCUACCGAGCCAGUCAAUCAUCCAUCUCCCCCCAGUCUCGCUCGCCAUCCACUCCCCCUGCCUUGCCCUCCUGUCACCCCCCUCCGUCUCGCCCUGUACAGCCCGCAGCCUGCCUCGGCCUGCUCCGUCGUCAGCAUUAUAAGUAUUCCCCUCUGAAGCCACUCCGCCCGUCUGUCCGCCCUCCCCACCCAGCCUCGUCCCGUCUCCAGCUCCCCCUGUCCGUUAAUUUACUCUACAACUAUCAUCUUAUAUAUACUUGUAAUCCGCCCGCCAUCAACCACCCUCGCAAUUGUCAACUGUCGUGCUACAACCUCCAGCGCUCCGCUAGCCACCCGAGCUGUCUCCUCCCGUAUUGCCUUUACAUCAUCCCUGGUACCACCAACAGCCACCCUCUGGAUCUUUGCACUGCGUGCCAUAACCCUUACAUCCCCGGCGAUCCACCCGGCAUCUCUAUCAUCACCUCGAGGAUAUUAUACGUAUUCUUUGAGGCCCAAGUUCCCGCUUAG